GAGGAAUCGAAGCAAAGCCUGAAAAGGCAAAUGAAGACAAGUUUCGGUGGUGUCAUACCAAGAAGUUUAGAAACGAUGAGCCAUGAAAGGAUUGGAAGCAGCCACCUGGGAGGAGAGCAUAGAAAGGAAGGACAGAGAAGAGUGAAGGACAGUGCCCUGCAGAAACCAACAUUUAAGAGCUAAAGACUCUUCUCAAGGAGGAGCUUGCAAAGGAAAUGGAGAAGCAGCAGCCGGAGAGGUCACUGUUCUCACCCACGUGAAUACACAUGGCUCUGUUACGAAAAAUUAAUCAGGUGUUGCUCUUCCUUCUGAUUUUGACCCUCUGUGUGAUUCUGUAUAAGAAAGUUCAUAAGGGGACUGUGCUCAAGAAUGAAGCAGACGACGACUCUGAGACUGCUGAUGAAAUGGAGGAGGAAAUCCCGGUGGUGAUUUGUGCGGCGGCAGGGAGAAUGGGGGCUGCUAUGGCCGCCAUCAACAGCAUCUACAGCAACACUGAUGCCAACAUUUUGUUCUAUGUAGUUGGACUUCGGAACACUCUAACUCGAAUACGAAAAUGGAUUGAACAUUCUAAACUGAGAGAAAUAAACUUUAAAAUUGUGGAAUUUAAUCCUAUGGUCCUCAAAGGGAAGAUCAGACCAGACUCUUCACGGCCUGAAUUGCUCCAGCCUCUGAAUUUUGUCCGAUUUUAUCUCCCUCUGCUCAUCCACCAACAUGAGAAAGUCAUCUACUUGGAUGAUGAUGUCAUUGUACAAGGUGAUAUCCAAGAACUGUAUGACACCACCUUGGCCCUGGGCCAUGCAGCAGCUUUUUCAGAUGACUGCAAUUUGCCUUCUGCUCAGGACAUAAACAGACUUGUGGGGCUGCAGAACACAUAUAUGGGCUACCUGGACUACCGGAAGAAGUCCAUAAAAGACCUUGGCAUCAGCCCCAGCACGUGCACUUUCAAUCCUGGUGUGAUUGUUGCCAACAUGACAGAAUGGAAGCAUCAGCGUAUCACCAAACAAUUGGAGAAAUGGAUGCAAAAAAAUGUGGAGGAAAACCUUUAUAGCAGCACCCUGGGUGGAGGGGUGGCCACCUCCCCAAUGCUGAUUGUGUUCCACGACAGAUACUCUACAAUCAACCCUCUGUGGCAUGUAAAGCACCUGGGCUGGAAUCCAGAUGCCAGAUACUCGGAGCAUUUUCUGCAGGAAGCUAAAUUACUCCACUGGAAUGGAAGACAUAAACCUUGGGACUUCCCUAGUGUUCACAAUGAUUUAUGGGAAAGCUGGUUUGUUCCUGACCCUGCAGGGAUAUUUAAACUCAAUCACCACAAUAGCUGAUAUAACUACAUUUAAAAUAUUUACUGUAUAAAAGUGUGGAUAGUCCCAUUUGUAGCCUACUAUGACAUUGUUUUAUAGGAACAGUACUUUGAUACAUGUGAUCUGUAACUGAAACAAAAACAAAAACAAAAACAAAAAC